CGACUCUGGGCACGUAUCGUCAUAUUGUUCCAACCCGUUUUUGUCAGGAGAUUCCGAUUCCGUAUUGAUAUUUGUCUUACCUGUUUCGUGGCAUACAAGGACUUUCUUUACAAGGUUGGAUAUUCGGUGAUUAGUUUGAACCAAUAGCACAGGAGAGCAGCAGCAACCGCUUUGCGUUACCAUCCUGGCUUGACAAUGGAAGUGCCGCAGCAAGUACCGGCGUCAGAGCUUCCCAGUACAUCAUCGUCCAGCACUGUGGCCUCAUCCACAUCCAACGUUAACUACGACAAAAUCGUGUGGACUGGAGGCGACAUAACGGAAGCCAUGUCCGAGGAGGAGCCUUCUACAAGUCAAUUACGACAGAUUGCCAGUGAUUCGGCAGAGGCAAACCCAUCUACAACAUCAUAUUCGUUCACGGGAAAAGAUUUAAAAUCUAGCAAUGCCUCUGACACUGGGUCCAACCCGAAUGGCACCACUACUAACUCGGAGGGCGCCGAGAGCAAGGAUAAGAAUGCGGACCAGAACGAGGAGUCCCUCUACGAGUGCAACAUAUGUCUGGAUACGGCAAAGGAUGCGGUGGUGAGCAUGUGCGGCCAUUUGUUCUGCUGGCCAUGUCUGCACCAGUGGCUCCUGACACGGCCCAAUCGCAAGCUCUGCCCCGUGUGUAAAGCGGCUGUCGAUAAGGAUAAGGUUAUACCGCUCUAUGGCCGAAACAGCACUCGCCAAGAAGAUCCUCGCAACAAAGUUCCACCACGUCCCCCCGGCCACAGGACAGAGCCAGAGCCUGCCCCUGGCUUUCCAGGAUUUGGAUUCGGUGAUGGUUUCCACAUGUCAUUCGGCAUUGGUGCCUUCCCCUUUGGCUUCAUAACUUCUUCGCUUAACUUUGGAGAACCACGUCCGGCUGCUGCCAAUCGUGGCACAACGCAAUACGAGGACGAGCAAACCCUUUCGAAACUGUUUCUUUAUUUGGCCUUUCUGUGCAUCGGAUGGCUGCUAUUUGCAUAGCUAGUGGCUGACGCGGCGCUAGACGUCUCGUAAAUAGCAAUAAUCAAUAUGGAAAUCUGAUAUAUGCAAAGCGGACGGGUGGACCGUCUUGUCUAAUUUCUGUCAUGCAAGUCGUUGUUGAUUUUUGGGAAAGAAAAUAAGAACUAAUUUUUACAUAUA